CCAGGCUGGUUGCUGAAGAGAUUUAAUUGCCCUUCCUUUUUGGCUGCUGCUUUAGCCAGAGCCACAUCGGAUGAAGUCCUUCAGAGUGAUCUUUCUGCACAUUAUAUCCCAAAGGAAACAGAUGGCACAGAAGGGACUGUGGAGAUUGAGACAGUGAAAUUGGCCCGUUCUGUCUUCAGCAAACUACACGAGAUUUGCUGCAGCUGGGUGAAAGACUUCCCCCUCCGCAGGAGACCCCAGCUUUAUUAUGAGACAUCAAUCCAUGCCAUCAAAAACAUGCGCAGGAAAAUGGAGGACAAACAUGUCUGCAUUCCUGACUUUAAUAUGCUCUUCAACCUAGAGGACCAGGAAGAACAAGCUUACUUUGCAGUGUUUGAUGGCCAUGGGGGAGUAGAUGCUGCUAUUUAUGCCUCCAUUCACCUCCACGUUAACUUAGUCCGCCAGGAGAUGUUCCCCCAUGAUCCUGCUGAGGCCCUGUGCAGGGCCUUCCGGGUCACUGAUGAGCGGUUUGUGCAGAAAGCAGCCAGGGAGAGCUUAAGAUGUGGGACCACAGGAGUGGUGACUUUCAUCAGAGGCAACAUGCUACAUGUGGCCUGGGUGGGUGAUUCCCAGGUUAUGCUUGUGAGAAAGGGUCAAGCUGUUGAACUAAUGAAGCCACACAAACCAGACAGAGAAGAUGAAAAGCAGCGAAUUGAGGCCCUUGGAGGUUGCGUAGUCUGGUUUGGUGCCUGGAGGGUGAAUGGAAGUCUGUCAGUCUCCAGAGCUAUUGGAGAUGCUGAACAUAAGCCAUAUAUCUGUGGGGAUGCAGAUUCUGCCUCCACUGUUCUGGAUGGGACCGAAGACUACCUCAUUCUGGCCUGUGAUGGCUUCUAUGACACCGUGAACCCUGAUGAGGCAGUGAAAGUUGUGUCCGACCACCUGAAAGAGAAUAACGGAGACAGCAGCAUGGUUGCCCACAAGUUAGUGGCAUCAGCUCGUGAUGCUGGGUCAAGUGAUAACAUCACGGUUAUUGUGGUAUUCCUGAGGGACAUGAACAAAGCUGUAAAUGUUAGUGAGGAAUCAGAUUGGACAGAGAACUCUUUUCAAGGAGGGCAAGAAGAUGGUGGGGAUGAUAAGGAGAAUCAUGGAGAGUGCAAACGCCCUUGGCCUCAGCACCAGUGCUCAGCACCAGCCGAUCUAGGCUAUGAUGGGCGUGUGGAUUCAUUCACUGAUAGAACUAGUCUGAGCCCAGGGUCCCAAAUCAACGUGCUGGAAGACCCAGGCUACCUAGAUCUCACACAAAUAGAAGCAAGCAAACCUCACAGUGCCCAGUUUUUGCCACCAGUUGAAAUGUUUGGUCCUGGUGCACCAAAGAAAGCCAAUCUUAUUAAUGAGUUAAUGAUGGAGAAAAAAUCAGUUCAGUCAUCAUUGCCUGAAUGGAGUGGUGCUGGAGAGCUUCCCACUGCUUUCAAUUUGGGUUCAACAGGGGAGCAGAUAUACAGAAUGGAGAGCUUGUCUCUUGUCUGUUCAGGGUUGGAAAAUGAACAGUUCAAAUUCCCGGGAAAGAGAGUUUCUAGAUUGUCUCAUUUACGCCACCACUACUCAAAGAAGUGGCACAGAUUCAGGUUUAAUCCAAAGUUUUAUUCAUUUCUCUCUGCUCAAGAGCCUUCCCACAAAAUAGGCACUAGCCUGUCCUCACUUACUGGAAGUGGGAAGAGAAAUAGGAUAAGAAGUUCUCUGCCAUGGAGGCAAAAUAGUUGGAAAGGGUACAGUGAAAACAUGAGGAAGCUCAGAAAGACUCAUGAUAUUCCAUGCCCAGAUCUUCCUUGGAGCUAUAAAAUAGAAUAAUUUUUCUUUCAAGUAGGUUAGCUAGGUCUCCCCCAAUAAAAACACCACUAUCAGAGUAGAAACAAGGUAGACAUUUCUAAAACAUAUGUGCUUCAUUAUGAAUCCAUGGAUGGCUCAAUUCUUCAAUGUAAAUAGAUCUCUAGGAAACUCAAAGUACAGUGUUUUCAAUCUAAAAAAAAGUAUUGGCAGUUUCACUUGCAAAAUUACACACUGGUCCCUGUGAUGUGUCUCGACACCUAUAUAAAACCCCCUUCCCACCAUCCCUUCAUGUCACUAGUGGAGGCUUUCGAGUUAGUUAUUUCAGUCAGGAUAUACAGUGUUGAAAUCUCAAUGUGGUUGAAAUCUGGUCUGAUGUGCCUAAUAUGUCUAUGGAAAAUUUAAUGCUAAAUUAAAUUUGGUUGGGAAAUGUCCCUCAAAAUCCUGGGCACUAUGAAGGAACCCCCUGCCCCCUAACCUUUUUGGGUAGGUGAAAGACUAAAAGCCAUAUGGAUUUUAACUGACAAUAAUGAAAGUGGUAAAUCAGUGUAAAAGUGUCAUAUUCUCAGACUUGUGAGGCGGUUUAUAGUCCGAAAGAUUUAUGGAUUUUUUUCCUGUAACAUAAAAGACUAUGAACUUUUUUUAAUUAAAAAAUAUUUCCUAGGGCUGUAGUUAUUUGGGAGUUUCAUAACCUGUUAUGGUGCUUUUGGUGGAAUUUUUAUUAUUUAGCAUUUUAGGAGACCACUGUCAACUGGUUUUAAUCUAUGAUGCUAAUGUGUUUUCCACUGUACCCUCAUCUCAGGAAUAAAACUGAUUUAACGGAGAUGAUGUCAGGUACAAAUACACUAUAGAGUCAAAAUGCCAUUUACAAAGAAAAUCAAAAGCAUUUCUGUAUUUUGUCUUUUUUUUAGUUCAGACAGCAAAGGCAUGUACCACUAUAAAAUAAAUGAUUUUAGAGAAUGAAAAAUGCUACUUUUAUCUUCUCUAAAAUUAUUUCCCCCAAGGGAGUGAAGUAAUCAGCAUGAAGGAGGCUGAAAGUAUUGCCUGAAGUGAGCCCAGAAGCCACUGAGAAUGCAGAUGACUGACAGCCAGGUCUGUUUAGUUGUAACUGGAAGACACAUCAUUGUCCUGCUUACAUGUAGCUUCAGACCGCAGAGAGAGGACACGUGCUUCUCAUUUCAAUAUUGUAUUUGGUAUUUUGAAACUGUCUUUUUGCUAUUUCUGCAGUUUCAAGCCAGAAGCAUGUUGUCAACUAAAGACAACAAAUAAACUAUCAGAUUCAUUCAUUCAGUGAAGCAGCCUCUGAUCCUCUGAGAGUCAGGAAUGUCUUGGUGUUACCCUGCCCUAGUCAACUGCAGACCAGCCCGGCCAAUGCCCACGGGUGGCAUCUCUGGAGUGCUCACUCACAAGGGUGAGUGCUCUCGCUAAGAAGUGUCCCCCACCUCAUCAUGUGUUUAUAGGAUAGUACACGCUCCCCAGGCCCAUAACAGAAAAUCCCUGAAUUUUAAAGACAUAGAUGACUGGCAUAUUUUGGGUACCAGUAGAGCUAUAUCAAAUAGACAAAAACAGCUUCACUUUAGCAAUGAUCAUAUUGUUAAUCUACAGAUUUUAUUUUUAAAAAUUUGGAUGUAAGUAGAGACUUUCAGUAUUUGUUUUCUCUUGAUUUUGAAGUCAUUUCUUCUCCUCAAGUUUGUGACAAAUGGUUGAAAAGGAGUCAACAUGGCCCCAACUAUAGCACUGGAACCUUCAUCAUUCUGAGGCUUUGCCCCACACAUGGUCCUCACUCAUAGCUGUCACUUUCUGAAGCCUAGAUCUUGUUAACCCAUCAGGUGCAGUGUCAGUUUCAAAUCAAAUUAUCUAAGAAAACAAGAAAACAGAGGCAGCAGACUAUUGGUACACAUUAUAGUCCAAAGUGCUUAGUGAAGUAAAAAAAAAAAA